UUCACAGUAAAUCACAUGAAGGUCACUCCCAUGGAUGUAUCCACGGCCUCUCUGCUCAACGUCUUCAACGGGAACGAGUGUGGAGCACAGGGGUCCUGGCAAGUUGGGGUCCAGCAAGAUGUCACCCACACGAAUGGCUGCAUCGCGCUCGGCAUCCGCCUACCUCACACCGAGUAUGAAAUCUUCAAAAUGGAGCAGGACGCCCGGGGCAGGUACUUGCUGUACAACGGCCAGAGACCGAGCGAUGGGUCCAGCCCCGACCGACCAGAGAAGAGAGCCACUUCCUACCAGAUGCCUUUAAUUCAGUGUGCUUCGUCAGUACCCAGAUCUGAAGAGUCACCAGAGGAGAAUAAAAUAAGGCUGUAUAGCAGCAGGGCACCGGAAAAAUAUCCCACUGCCCCAGCUCUUGCUUUGGUGUUGUUUAUUUGUACUGUGUCAUAUUGGGACAUUCUCAGCUAGAAGUGAAAAAAACUUAUUUUUCAUGACUACAAAGCCAGGAUUCCACCAGACUGGGGGUUGUUUUUCUUCCAAAAGAAAGGGACAUUUAUUUUCUUGAUGCACUUGAAUGCCUGAGAACUGUUGUUCUUUUCCUUACUUCCCCCCUCCUCCUCGAAUCCCGAACGGCACUCGUUUGAUGUUUGUGCUUUGAACUUCAUCCAGUCUGAUCCCUGGCCUGACAUGACUGCACAAAAGUAAUUGCACUUUAGGACUGCAGACUUCUGGGGGGAGGGAGGGGGUCUCCUUUUGUUAUUAUUUUUUAACUGCUGGGGUGAACGUUACGAUCCUGCUUCAGUCGUCUCUGCCAUCUUACCGUUGUGGUACUGUUCUCCCCAGCGCCCCGUUUCUCAUCAGAAUUCAGCGCUGGGGAAGGGCUCGGUGUUGUGCCAGUACUGUGAUAGCAGCUUCCCCCUCUGACUUCACAGCUCUGAUGUAGAUAUGUAUAUAAGGAGGAAACCCACAAAGAUUUACCUUGCCAUUAUCUCACAGCUCGUAACACAAAAAGAAACGGCAAAUCAACAGCCCUCCAAUUCAGAUAGUCCUAAACGGUUGUUACUUCUAAUUUAAAAAUAUUUCAAGUAAUUUAA